AAGUCUAUCUGUGUUAAGCCGGACUGCAUGCGCAAACGGCUGCACAUACUUACAUGCAAGAGCACGUGUUCAACUCAAAGUGACAACGUAAAUACUAAAUAGUUCCCCGUGGUUCAGAAUUUGAAACAUUUCAUCUCUGCUGUUUUGAAUUGUCAGCUUAUGACAUUAGUCUAGCUCAGUGACUAAUUUGUCGCCUGGAACUCAAUAAAGAUAAGUUGCCCUAACGUAAAUAUGGUUGAAAAACAUAAACUGCUCCCUCGACCCUUAAUGCUGAGCCGCGCUUCCAGCAUGGCCGAUCUGUCUCGCUCAUCCAGCUUUAGCGUGUUAGCGCCAGAGGAGGGAGUUCAGCAAGAACUGCUGGAAGGACUGAAGAAAAUCGAGACAGCGCUUGGCCAUGUUCUGGCUAUCCAGAAGAUCGCUGGGAAUCCAGCUGAAACUGCCGUCAAAUCAGUAAACGAUGGGCUGCAUAUUUCCGCGAAUAUUUUUGCUGGCAACCCAGCUGGAAAUGCUGGCUAUCCAGCAGGCCGCAACGGCGGAGAAGAGCUGAACGAACCUGACGAAAGCGCCCACGCACCCGAAAGAGCUGGCAACCCAGCUGGUGCUGGCUACCCAGCAGGGAACGCUCAAUUCGCUGAACAGAACAACAACAUGCAGCGCGAUGGGUUGCCAGCCGUAAACGAUGAAAAUACGCCGCGCUUCGGACGGUUGCGUCGGCGUCCUACUCGUCGGGAUGGUGAUCGCUCGCGCGGCUUCCAGGAGUUCCUUCACAUGAAAAAUGCCGAGCAGCGUCGUAUCCGCGAAGCCCGCGCUGUCGAAGACGACGCUUGCCGUCGUGGUCGUGACGAAGAGCGCGCUGCUCGUGAUCUCCGCCGCCGUCAGGAAGAUAUCAACUUGCAGCUGACUCGUGCUGCUGAAGACGCUGCCAUGGAUGCCCGCUGGCAACGCGAGGACAAUCGGGUAGAAACGGAGCGUGCCCGCGAAGAUCUGCGGAAAGCCGAAGAAUGGGACGAAGCCGUGCGCACUAUGCGUAACCAAAAGUAGCAUCCGCAGGGUAGCCUGCGCCGUCGGGUAGCCGACUGUGGGUUUUUGAUAUUCUGAGGUUGUCAUGAUGUCGACAGAAACAUCGGAAUUUUCUGUUGUAACCAACAUGUGUCUCAUUCGUUUAUCUCUUUUGUUUUUGAUCUACUUGUCCGUCGCGUUUUUUUUUACAGAAUUAAAGUAAUAGCUUUUUAAAAUUGUUUUGUUACAACAAGAUAAAUUCGUUUUGAUAGCAUUUACCAAAUCACAAGAAACUAUUUACGGCAGAACGAACGUAACUGCCACCCUACUUAAUAUCAAAAGAGCGCAAAUUUAUUCACGUCU